UUAAUUCUUACAGUUUGUGGUUGAAGCAAUUGGGAGUCGGACUCGUGUCCGCGUGUCGGUUCUUUCGAACGGUUCGUUUCAAUGAACCAGGAUUUUAUGACACAUGGUAACGUUAGAAAGAAAGAGAACGAAUUCGGACGCUGAUUGCAUAAAGGUUAACUAAUGAACGGAUAAAUUCAUUACCGUGUUAACCACGUUUUAACACUUUGAUUCGUAACGUUACAGUCUUUGGUUGUAGCGAGGGGGAGCCCGAGUCAUUUUCGCGAGUCGGUUCCUUUUGAACAGCUCGUUAUAAUAAUUAUAAAUAAUAUCAGUGAAACUCGACCAUUCUGUUCAAACUUCUCACUGCUUUUAGUGUCGUGUGUCCCCAUCACAUUUUAAGCAGAUUUUGUCUAGGCUUGAAUCACCGAUUUCAGCGCGUAAUCACAGAUUUUCCUCUAGAUGGCGCCAUUUGUUUUCGUUUCACCCACCGUGGUUUAUGAAACAAUUGUAUUAAAAAUCUGGCCCUUUAUCAGAUUGUGACUACAUUCGUUGCAAUAUUUAUUGUGAGAAAACUAAAUCUGACAACUUAAUAUAGGUAGACCAGUGUCCCCAACCCAAACGACAUAAAAUGAGCCAGUUCAGUUCAGCAACGUUUGUCGCUUGAUUUGUUCACAUCCGUUACUGUAGCUUCAAGCGGCGGAAGUGGUCGAGUUUAUUAUCAACAAUGGCGUCGCAGCAGAUGAACACCAAUAAUGCUCAGAUGGGCGUUCAACAACCGGCUGUUUUACAGCAAACGCAAGCUCAACAGCUCAGUCAACAACAAGAUUUUGACCCCGUUCACAGAUUCAAAAUGCUGAUUCCAUUGCUCAAAGAUAGUUUACAGAAUGUCAUGACCAUUGCUUCAUUAAAUUUUGGGCAUAAUACUGCUAUUGACAACGGCUUAAGAACAACAGAGAAAGGUAAUGAUGCAGCAAUUCAGCGGUUUGACAAAAGUUUAGAAGAGUUUUAUGCUCUCUGUGAUCAACUGGAACUCUGUUUGCGGCUGGCCCACGAGUGCCUCUCACAGAGCAUCGACAGCACAAAGCAUUCUCCAAAUCUCGUACCUACAGCCACCAAGCCAGACACGGUGCAAACCGAGUCUCUAUCUUACUCUCAGUAUCUCAGUAUGAUAAAAUCACAGAUUUCAUGUGCUAAAGACAUUCAUAAUGCUCUUUUAGAGUGUUCAAAAAAGAUUGCUGGGAAAGGUCAGGGGGCUUGUAAUUAGUAGCUGUCAAUUCUGUUUAGCCUCCUUUUUUUGUUUGUUUCGCAUAACUUUGAUGCUGAUUGAAGAAUAUAUUUUUUGGUACUUUCAAUUCUGUUUGUCUAUUUACUACUGUGAUAAAUGUACUUCUACAAUUAAACUGAGUAUUUUUGAAAGGC